AUGGGUUCACUCACACUCCAUAAUCCCUUCAGCCACCACUACUCUGACCAUGGCCGUGGCCUAUGCCACCGCCGCACUCGGCGGCCGGCCACCGUCUUCCUCCGCGCUCCUGAAUUAGCUACAUCCUCCCCACCCCUCACUUGCUGUUCCAUCAAUUCAUUCCGCCACCAGCACCAAACCCUCGCCUCCGCCCCGCAGACUCCAGCCACCGCCAUCCGGGGCGCGGAAACCGACGCAAUUGGGCUUUUGCUCAAGGAGAGGAUAGUUUACUUAGGGAGCGACAUCGAUGACGCUGCUGCUGAUUCCAUUAUAAGCCAACUGCUUUUGUUGGAUGCCCAGGAUCCCACAAAGGAUAUUCGGCUGUUCAUCAAUUCCAUAGGUGGCCCACUCAGCUCCGCUCUGGCCAUAUUCGACGUCAUCCGCCUACUGAGGGCUGAUGUCUCGACUGUGGCGCUUGGCUUCUUGGCUUCGACUGCCACCAUCAUCCUCCUUGGCGGAGCCAAGGGCAAGCGGCUGGCAAUGCCGAACACGCGCAUCAUGAUACACCAGCCGUUCAGUGGGACCAGAGGGCCCGCCAAUGAUGUUGAGGUCCAGGCCCGGGAGGCCAUGCAUAACAAGGCCACCGUCAUACGGAUCAUAUCAGAGUUCACGGGCUGCCCGUACGAACAGGUGGAGAAGGAUAUCGACAAGGACCGCUACAUGUCGCCGAUUGAGGCCGUCGAGUACGGGAUUAUUGAUGAGGUGAUAGAUCGGGACAGCAUUAUUCCGGUUGAGCCCAUUCCGAAGAAGAUCAAGUCCACCAUGUACACCCGGAAUAUGGCGAACCCGAGGAAGAAUAAGGAGCCGGAAAUCCCAGAUGAUGAGAUAUAUUAG